AUGGUUGUCAGCCCAGCAUCUAGUACCUCAUUCUCGCGGGGAAAAUUACUCACUCUGGUCGCUAACGCACGAAAAGACUUCUUGCAGAAAGAUCGUGAUCAAAAUGGCCUACCCUGGUUCUCAGAUGGGGACGAAGAAAUAGAGAAGGGAAUGUCUGACUGUAAACUCACUCCUGCAAGCAAUGAUCCUUCCCGCCGCACUACACUGCCAACGAAGAAACGAUCUCACAAGAGGAAACUCACAUCGACAAGAGAUCCCAUAGAUUUCAGUUCCUCUCCCCGCCUCGGUGAACGAAGCCAGACUUCCUGCACCAGUACCAGUCAGGGCUCGGGCAUCCGCAGACAUAGUUACCAACGCAAUCGACCAGGCACUGACCCGAUGGAUUUCACUUAUCCCUCUGCAACAACCCCAACAAAUACCAAGUUUGAAGGUUCGGUUGUCCGCAGACAUAGUUACCAGCGGAACCGGCCAGGGACUGACCCAAUGGAUUUCAGCUACCCUUCUGCAAUAACCCCGACCAGGGCCAAGGUUGAAGAUUCGGCUUUACCAUCGGCAGGUGUAACUUACCCGAAAUUACCCCUGUCAGGCAGCAUUUCGCGUUCAUCAGGUGCAUACCGCGGUGAUAUCAACACAGCUGGUGACUCAAGCAGCCGUAGGCUGAGCUACGAACGCAUUCGACCACCGACCGCCUCUAGCAAGGAGACCGACCGACCAACAUCACCAUCGGCAGGUAAAAACGAACCAAUCUCCCCCGAGUUGGAUUUCUCCUCGACGCCAAACGAUACAUACUACAGCAGCGAUAACAUCUUCAUCCCCGAACAGGAGCUUUCUCCAAUACAAAAUGACGCAUAUCACACCAACGACAACAUCUUCAUCUCGGACGAGGACUACGAUUGCGACUCCCCGGACGUGGAGAAGGUGCAGCACAAACCAGGUCAAAAUGACAUGAUGAGCGGAGCCGUGGGGCUCGGUGACACACCACUCUUGGACAAUGCCUAUCAAGGCAAUAAUGUCAUGUACUGGGGCACUGCUCGAGAAGCGGCCAAAGAGAUGCCGCUCAAGGUGGUGACAAAGCAGACGCUCCGAGACAUGUUCCUACCGGGGAAUGGUGACGACGAGUGCUGGUCGAUGUUGCCGAGUGAUUUCUUGAUUGCGAUGGUUGGCAUCGGCUCAGCGGCAGCCGAGGUGGAAGAGGCUAAGAGGAGCGGUCGCAUCGUUACGAGUGGUGAUACGAUGUUUGCACUGGCGAAGCGUGGAGGGACUUGUGAUGAUGAUGUGGUGUAUCCAGAGAAUAUCAAGCCGUUGAUUGGAAGUGAUGAGGAAGGGUUUGAUGAGCAGUUUUGGUUGACCAUGUGGCGAGAGGGUGAACGUUGGAGAAGUGACUCAAAUAAGGCGGUGUUUUGA